GGUAAUGAUGGUGGAGGGAGGUUAAGCUCUUCGGUUUUUGCAGACGGGAGGGAAGUUGCAUGCAGUUAGGGGUAAUGAGGGAAAGGUCAGGGGGGGAAUAAAAAAUGUGUGGAAGAAUUAGUAUGUGAAACCUAUUAACAUAUACUUCUCAAUUAAUGAAGCUCUCGUACAAAUAUUAGGUGACUAGUCUCACUCAAAAUAAUAUUUUUCAUAAGUUAUAUAUACAAAAGUUAUAUAUACAAACUUCAAAACUAAGUAAAAUUCACUUCUAAAACCCUAACCCUAAUCGCAGCUCUUUCUCUCCUCUGUUCACAAGAAGAAUGGCAAAAACUUUGGACGAAGAAACCGUCAAGAAGAUCAUUAGACAGGUUGAGUUUUACUUCAGUGAUAGUAAUCUCCCUAAAGAUGGAUUUCUCAGGAAAACUGUCGAAGAAAGUGAAGAUGGCUUGGCAAGUUUAGCUUUGAUAUGUUCGUUUUCACGGAUGAGGUCUCACUUGAAUUUGGGGGUGGCAAAGCCAGAAGAUAUAUCAGAUGAUACUGUAAAAUCUGUUGCUGAAGCUUUAAAAGCUUCUUCUUUUCUAAAGAUUUCUGAAGAUGGGAAGAAAGUUGGUAGAGUCAGUGAGCUUGCGAAGCCUGAGGAGGUUAUUGAGCAAAUUGAUGUUAGGACGAUUGCUGCAUCACCAUUGGAAUACAGUGUCAAACUUGAAGAUGUGGAGUCUUUCUUUGGUCAGCAUGGCAAGGUUAACAGUGUGAGACUGCCUCGUCAUGUAGCUGACAAAAGGAUGUUUUGUGGCACUGCUCUGGUUGAGUUCUCUAAUGAGGAAGAUGCAACUAAAAUUGUGAAGCAAAACUUGGUCUAUGAAGGAGUUGAGUUAGAACUGAAACCAAAGAAAAAUUUCGAUGUUGAAAGAGCCAAUGAGGAGAAAGAAGUUGAGCAGAACCAUCCUCGUAGUGGUCCAAAUAGUAAAAAUAACUCGAAGCCUGAGCUAGACUAUCCAAAGGGCUUGAUCAUUGCAUUUAAGUUGAAGAGAAUCUCUGCUGAAAGCUCUACAGAACAGAAUGGUAAUCAUAAACCGGCUACUGAAAGCGCAAGUGCUCCGGAAGCAGAAGGCAAUAAAGAUUCAACCAAAGACAAUGUUGAAGUGACAGAUGAGAAGGUGCCGGAAGAUAUUAAAGACGAAGACAAUGAUGAGAAGGUUGAUAAAGAAGAUCCAGAGGAUGGAAGUGAAGAUGAUGAGCAAGCUCCAGCGGAAGAAAAAUUAUCAGUUGCUGCUUGCAAGGAUAACAAGGACAUUGUUAUGCGUGAAGACUUGAAGAGCGUAUUCCAAAAAUUUGGUACUGUGAAGUUCAUCGAUUUCUCGAUUGGAUCAGAAUCAGGCUAUAUAAGGUUUGAAAAUGAAGAGGCUGCACAGAAAGCACGUGCUGCUGGUGUACUUGCUGAGGAAGGUGGUUUGGCAGUGAAAAAUUUCAUCGCUGCCUUAGACCCUGUAACUGGUGAUGCUGAGAGGGAAUACUGGAGUAUGUUCCGUAAUAACCAACAGGACAGACGCCGUGACUUUAAAGGGAAUAGGGGAAGGGGAGGAAGGUUCAACAGAGGUGGGAAGCAUUCACGUGGAAGGGGAUAUGAUUUUGGUGGACGCCCAAACAAAUUCCAGAAAACUAUGGCAUGAGGAGCUUGAUCUUUUGUAACAUUUUUGAUGAAAUUCUCAAUCUAUCUUAUUCUACAUUACUACAAUGAUAUACUAUCAUCGUUGUAAUGUGUUAGCAAUUUUGUACCUUAAUUUAUGUCUUAAUAUGAUGAUAAAAUGGUUAUGUUCUCCA